UAUAGUAGUAUCAAGUUUUUGACUGACUCCUUUCCCUGACCCCUUUACAUCUUUAAUUAUCCCUCUUUUUUACUCUCUAGAUCUUCAUUGCAUCUCCAUUUGUUUUUCCAAAAAACUAAGCUCAAUCCAAGAAAUGGCCAUAGCCAUGCAAAACCUAUUCAAAGAACGCAAAAUCCCAUUCUUAUUCAUCUUUUUUCUUUUAUUAAUCUUUAUCACUUUCAUCUUCAUUUCCAACUCUCAAAAAUCCCCUAUUUACCUUGUCACCGACAUUGCUCAACCCCAAUUUAAUCAUAGUAUUAAUCCAACCCCAUCUUUACAAAAUUUCAAGAAUGAUAAUGUUCUUUCAAAUAAUACAAAAAAUGAUGAGUUUGAAACGGAUAAUUUUGAUUGGAAGUUAUGUGAAGGUUCAGUUGCUGUUGAUUAUAUACCUUGUCUUGAUAAUUUGGAGGCAAUAAAAGCAUUAAAAUCAAGAAGACAUAUGGAGCAUAGGGAAAGACAUUGUCCUAAGCCAAGUCCAAAGUGUUUGAUUCCAUUGCCUGAUGGGUAUAAAUUGCCAGUUCCAUGGCCUAAAAGUAGGGAUAUGAUAUGGUACAACAACGUUCCUCAUCCUAAGCUUGUGGAAUAUAAGAAGGACCAGAAUUGGGUGGUCAAAACUGGUGAAUAUCUUGUUUUUCCUGGCGGUGGAACACAGUUCAAGGAUGGAGUGACGAACUAUAUUGAAUCCAUUGAGAAGACUUUGCCGGAAAUUGAAUGGGGAAAGCAUAUAAGGGUCAUUUUAGAUGUUGGCUGCGGUGUUGCUAGCUUUGGUGGCUAUUUGCUGGAUAAAAAUGUCAUUACUAUGUCGUUUGCACCAAAGGACGAACAUGAGGCUCAGAUACAGUUCGCACUCGAGCGUGGGAUUCCCGCUACUCUCUCAGUCAUUGGAACUCAAAAGCUGGCAUUUCCCGAUAAUGCUUACGAUAUGAUUCAUUGUGCAAGAUGCAGGGUUCAUUGGGAUGGAGAUGGAGGAAAACCAUUGAUGGAACUAAACAGGAUACUUAGGCCCGGAGGUUUUUUCGUGUGGUCAGCAACGCCAGUUUAUCGGGACGACGAAAGGGAUAAGAAAGUCUGGAAAGCUAUGGUUUCACUGACUGAAGCAAUAUGCUGGAAAGUGGUGAAGAAGACCUUUUUUGACUCGGCUGGAGUUGGGCUAGUUAUAUAUCAAAAGCCAGUUACAUCUUCCUGUUAUGAUAAUCGCAAAGAAAAUAAUCCACCCCUAUGUGACCAGAACAAUAGACCAAAUAGUUCAUGGUAUGCGCCUCUUGACAAUUGUCUUGUACCACUCCCGACAAGCAGCAUUGGUAAUACAUAUGAGUGGCCUGCACCCUGGCCCCAGAGGCUCAACAAUAAACCUCAACGCCUCUCCCUAAAAACAGAUGCUGAAGAGGUUUUCGACGAGGACACAAAACACUGGGCAGCACUGGUGUCGGAUGUUUACAUAGGCGGCCUUGCUAUAAAUUGGUCAAGCGUGAGGAACGUGAUGGACAUGAAUACCGGUUAUGGAGGGUUUGCCUCGGCAAUAAUUGAUCGACCCCUAUGGGUAAUGAAUGUCGUUCCCAUCACUGGGCCAGAUACUCUCUCCAUUAUCUUUGAUAGAGGGCUGAUUGGUAUGUACCACGACUGGUGCGAGUCCUUCAAUACCUAUCCUCGGACAUAUGAUCUUCUACAUUCCAGCUUCCUCUUCGGAAAUUUAACUCAAAGAUGUGACCUCGCGGAAGUUGUCGUGGAGAUGGAUAGAAUACUGAGACCGGGCGGAUUUCUUUUAGUUCAGGACACAAUGCAGAUGCUUAACAAGCUUAGCUCGAUUUUACGUUCGCUGCAUUGGUCAGUAACUCUGCAUCAAGAGCAGUUUCUUGUUGGUAAGAAAGGCUUUUGGCGUCCAAAUAAAAAAGUCAGAAUAUGAAACGCAUAGCUAUUUUCCCUUUGUAUAUUUAUAUGCAGCUAUUUAUCUCUUUUAUGCAUACAAAAGGAAAAAAGAACACAGUUCUCAAAUCAAAGCAAGUUUUGUUGUAAUGUAUUUCAAUAGAAUUCAUUCUUUCCCUCAAGAAACUAUCCAAAUUUGGAAACGAAGACUUUAUAUUGGUCAAGAGAACAGGAAAGAUUUGAAAAUGAAAGUUUAUUAUUUGUUCAGAAA